AUGACGGGAUUUGGACAGGGGGUCUUGGAUUUUCAUGUGCCGACCUCUGCUGACAUUGUCCACUUUCAGAAGUUCUGUGAAUGUGUGCCCAGCUCCUCUCAACUCAAACAUCGCUGGUCAGACUCAGAAACCGCCAGGGAGACUCCGGCCAAGAGGAUGAGCUGCAGCUACCAGCUCUGCACCAUCCUGCUCUUCGUGGCCGUGCUGUUGGCCGUCACCGUAACCGGCACCAUCCUUUUCAUGAACCACUACCAGGCCCCGCCCAUGUCUGACGGCCUACCCCACAUUUCCACCAAUCAGGAUGAAGCAAACGCCCUGGUCACCGUGGAGAGGGGCGACGGCUCUCGUAUCAACAUCUUCAUCGACCCCAACUGUCCCGACUAUAACAGCAACUUCAUGCGGCUGGAGGGUGUGCAGACCUCACUGCUCCACUCGCUGACUGACCACGACUCUGACCUUAAGUCGUUCAAAGGUCAGGACAGGGCCCUGCUGGUCAGUCUGGCCGAGGAGGUGGCCAAGCUGUCAGCCCAUGCGGGACAGCUGAAGAUGGACUAUGAGUCUCUGCGCCGGGGGCAGAGCAACCUUGGUCAGAAUCUGAAUACUCUACAGACAGAACAAGGACGCCUCAUACAGCUGCUGUCGGACAGCCAGACCAACAUGGUGAAGGUGGUGAACUCUGUCAGCGAUGCGCUCAAUGCCAUGCAGAAGGAAAACGUGGGACUGAAGGCUCGGGUCAAGGCGGAUCUACAAAGAGCGCCGGUUCGAGGCGCUCGACUCAAGGGCUGUUCCAAUGGCUCUCGCCCCCGCGACUGCGGCGAUCUGUACGCCAGUGGUCAGAGAGAGGACGGCAUCUACUCCGUGUUUCCCGUUCACCACCCUACAGGCUUCCAGGUCUACUGCGACAUGACCACGGACGGAGGAGGCUGGACGGUGAUUCAGCGCAGGGAGGACGGCUCGGUUAACUUCUUCAGGGGAUGGGAGUCAUACCGUGAAGGAUUUGGCAAAAUCACCGGAGAACACUGGCUAGGGUUGAAGCAGAUCCAUGCCCUGUCCAUCCAGGGGAACUAUGAGCUGCGCAUCGACUUGGAGGACUUUGAAAAUAGCACCGCGUACGCCCAUUACGGCACCUUCGGUGUGGGUCUCUUCUCGGUGGACCCUGAUGAUGAUGGAUACCCUUUGACGGUUGGAGACUAUUCUGGCAUCGCAGGCGACUCUCUUCUGAAGCACAACGGCAUGAAGUUCACCACCAAAGACAAGGACAACGACCACUCUGAGAACAACUGCGCCUCGUUCUACCACGGCGCCUGGUGGUACCGAAACUGCCACACCUCCAACCUCAACGGCCAGUACCUGCACGGCCAGCACACCUCCUACGCCGACGGCAUCGAGUGGUCCUCCUGGACCGGCUGGCAGUACUCCCUCAAGUUCUCGGAGAUGAAGAUCCGUCCCACCCGUGACCCCGACAAUAAAUAAAACUCAUAAACAGGAGGAAGAGGAGAAGACGAGAUGUUUUUUGGAUCAUUCAGAAGAAAUAUAUAUAUAUUAAAAAAAAAACAAAAAAAAGAAAACAUGGUUUUUGACAGAUUGGAUUACGUGUCUUUGCAUUGUUUAUUAUUUAAGUUUAGUUGACUGCAGUUGGCUCCAUAGCUUCCUCCUCAUGUCUGUUACUGCCACGACAUUUUUUUUCCGGAAGAUUCUAACCAUGAUGCCCGUAGUUUUGAUAUUUUACCUUAUAAAACGGCAAAGCCGAGCCCGGAGCCCACAAUCUACUUUGCUGUCUUUCCUCAGUCUACAGCUGUGGUCCAACCCCUCUGCAGUAUCAUCAUAUUCUCUUGACUUUGACCCCCAGCCCAAAACUUUAGGAGCUACGGUUGAAGAGCGUUCAGUCACAUGUAAUGGAACAAGACCAGCCCCAUCCCUAAACGCCAGGCGGAAGAUGCACAUUCUUGGGUUUCAUCUGCGUGAAGGGAAAGCUCACCGGUGCACUUUGAUACAUUUACAUCCCUUAUCUGUGUGAAUGAGACCCAGCAGGGUCGUGGCAAUGAGAACGCUUCCUCAAAUAAUGAGGGGGAGACAGAGAAGAGGAGGAAACGAGCUCACAGGAGUAAAAUUGGCUGAAGGAAAAGGGGGACGGAGUGCACCAAAGGGGACGAAAGGCAAGCGAGAGGAGAACUAGGAGGCGCAAAAAGGAUGGAAAACGAGCAAAGACAAAGAAAAGAGACAACGGAGGAUCUCGUUCGUCUGACGUGGGCCAUUAGGGAGCAUAUUGGGCACUUUGUCUGAUCUGCCUGCCAGCUGAGUACCGGCCAACCGAUGCAACAUCGCAGAUGGAAACACAGCACUUUUUGUGUGUGUGCGUGUGUUUGCGCGGGUGAUCGUGUGUGUGUGCACGUCUCUGGCUGAAAGACAAACAGACAAAGCUCUCUCUAAGACUCUGUUUCCUGUCAGGAAGUCAGAAGAGUGACUUGACUGAGCACAUUGUAAAGCACAUGCAUGGUUGGCGCACCUUCGCUCAGUCCACAUACGUGUCCGAUUUAAGAGAGGAAAGGUCGCGUCAGAUCGGGUUUGUAAAGAAAUGGAACGAUUCCACUUUCCCAACUCAUCAGACUGUCCUCUCGUCUUCAGGUGUUCAGUAUGAGAUUUUUUUUUUUUUUCAAAAUUUAUUUUGUGCACGUAGCUUUUUUUCUGCCAUCAUGCAAACGUAGAAAAAAAAAUUGAUUAUCAAAGGGGAAAAAAUAUUUUCCUAUUGGCUGUUUUUUUUGUUGUUGUUGUUUCCCUGAGUUCAAGUUCUGCAGUUUCUCUUGGCAAAACUCAAAAUUGCCUCAAGCUGGAAUAAAAAACCAGAGACGGGGAAAAAAAAAUACAAAGCCAUCACAUUGGUGAAAAAAUUGUGCAAUCGCUGCCCUGUAUUUAUUUUUAUUUUAUUUAAUUUUAAGCUCCGUCAAUCCUGUCAAAGUUUUUUUUUUUUUUUGGAUGAUGUAAGAAAAGCUUUAAGAUAUCUGUAGAUUCUACUGUACAGCGUGUAUGACUUUCAGAGCAUGUGAAACAUUUCUUACUAUGCGAAAACACAACAAGAGAGCACACGGACUUAAGAAAAUCCACCUGUGACAAAGGAAAAACUUUUUCUCCUCCUCCCCGUGGUCGGCGGUGGGGACUACUGAUCUGAAGGUUUCGCACAAGGAAAGAUGAGGGUUGUGAUUAUCCCUCAAGCACAUGCUUUUUUUUUCCCUUCUUCUUCUUUUGUGAAAGAACAAUGCAAGGCACGUUUCAAUAUUUGGGAACAUUAGCGGCCUCGCAGGACACCUGCAACCUUCUACUUUUCUGAAUUCUCUUCUUUUGGACAGCAAGACUGGAUUGCGUCUUUGAAUGUGCGCCGAGCUUCAUGUGUAGCACCAAGCAAUGUUGCGUUGAAUGCCUCUGACGCUGGACCAGCUGUGAGUGUCUCCGGACGUCGCCGUCACGCAGCGCCCCGUGCUUUCUGCGACAUCGGCAUGUAAAAUGCUGCCCAGUCACGACUCGGUGGACAGCUGGCCCCUUUCUUCUUCAUCAAAAGCACAGACACUCAUGUUAUAAAAAAAAAAAAGAAAUAAAUACUGGGAAAAAAAA